UGUAUAUUACUAAAAAAAGUAAAGUACCUAACUAAAGUCGUUAAAGUGUCAACAUUUUAAUUGAACUUUAAACAUUUUGCUUGUCGUAGACUUCAAUAUGUUUGCUCCGUGUUUACUGUUGUUUAUUUUGGGUACCAUUAAUGCUGACGAAGCACCUUUACAUUGCGACUUCGACCAUACACUCUGCGGUUGGUGGAAUGACGAAAAUGCUGGCGCUGAAUGGACUAACCAUUUAAAUGUUAAAGGGAUCUUCGCCAAUAUUGUUCACGGCAGAAACAUGGCACGCCUCAUCUCUCCCAUUUACGACCAUGGCUUAGUGGAGGAUGGCUGUUUAUACUUGGAUUGCGGUUUUUAUAUUAGCGAUAUAGCAUUCAGAGUCUACCAAGUACCGGUGUCACUUGGAGUGACCGGAUUAUUCACGUCUACCGAAGAGAUAAAAAGAAAAUAUAUUAUACAUGAAGCAGAACGUGUUAACGUGACCAGCAUUAGCACGGUGUAUCUAUAUCCCGUCUCAAUGUUUCAUCCAGGGUAUACAGAAAACUUCCAGAUCGUAAUCGAAGCUUCCUGUGAAAAGGGAAUCGUCUUUAUAAAUGAAGCUGAAAUAUUUCGAGGAAGGAAGUGCAUUGAAGCUGCCAACGCAUCUGUUACCCCUCCACCUGGUACUACUCAAGUAUAUUUUGAGAACCGAAACAAUAACCUGCAAACGGUUACAACAUCGCCGAACACAACAACAACGUAGUCAAGUCAUCAGCUCCGCCGGCAAUAACAACGUUCUUUCCGGCAAUGGGACAACUUUCAGGCCUAAACGGUACUCAGCCUAAAGUUGUGGAGUAGACUUAUCGAGUAUACUAUAUUAUUUUCCAAACCAUUUAAUAAUUUCUAAAAGUAACUAUUGUGUUACAUUUGUGGUUGUGGUGUUAAUUAACCUUCGAUAAUUACUAAAAAUACAUUUUUAUUAAUAUUAAUAAGAUUAUAUUUGUGAGAUGUAUGUACAGAAUAUACAACAUGUACCCUUUUCGAAAUUUGCAUAUUCAAAUAAAUAAUUAAGGUACUGUUACACAUACUCUAAAAUAGCAUGCUAAAAACGUGCUAUUAAGUAUGCUCCACGCGAGCAUGCUUAUAGUUUACAUUUGCUAGCAAUAAGCAUGCUAUUUUUAAGUAUGCUCCUGAAUAAGUAUGCUCAAAGCAAACAUUCUAGUUAAACAUGCUAAUUUGUAUCUAUCGCUUUCUGUCUAUAGUAUCGUGUUAGACAGGAGAGAGACUGAUCUACUAGCAUACCCAAUAACCUGUUCAGACGCGCUUAAAGCACGCCAAUUUCUAUCCGCGCAGCAAGUAGCAUGCUCAUAAAUCGCACGACUGUUGAUUCUUGAGCAUGCUCGAAAUAAGCAUGCUCAUUAUUAGCAAUGUUUUAUUUUUUAUUUUAUUUUAUUGAGGGCUUACAAACAACAUCAUAGUACAUAAUCAUAUUAUCAUAAUAGUAAUAUAAAUAAAAAUUAUAACUAUGACACCAGCUUCGGAAACCACAGAUUACAAUACUAUAAAGUAGACUCCUAAAUAUUUUAUAUAAAAUUAUUACAAACAAAUUUUAAAAAAAUUAGAAUAAAAAAUGAAUAAAAAAAAAUACUUAAAAGAAAAGACUAAAACUAAAUUAUUAAUUAACUAAUAGCUAUAAACUCUGUAAGCGUUUUAUAACCAACCUCUAGAAGGUACCUAUAGUCUAUUUUUUAAUUCCGUAGAAUUCUGACAUUUCUAUUUCCGGUUCCAUUUGUCAGUUACUUUUAAAAUUUCAAUUGCCACAAACCUUUUUUCUGCUGUUUG